UCUUUCUCCCUCCCUCCCUCCCUCCCUCCCUCCCUUCCUACCUCCUUUCCUUCCUUCCUUCCAAGUUGGAAAUAUACGAGAGUUUUGUUUACGUAUAUUAUCGCAUCGAGACAACAAGUAUAAUAUUUAAACGAGUAUAAAAGUGUAAGGAUAAUAAAUAUUAUUACGAUUUCGAUGUACGAAGUCAAUCGUGAUCGAGUAUGUCGGAUCUAUGGUGGUAUCGGUAGUUCGUGGCCGAUAGGGAUGACGUCCCUGUGACAUGUUAGCCCGUGACCUUGAGUGGCGUGAUAGCAACAUCUUCCGUGGAGAAGUUCAGCUCCCGGUGCGCUUCUCGAGCGACGAUAACAACAGUCAAUUCUUUUCUUCGUACUCUUAUCACCAUCAUUACCAUUAUCAUCAUCAUCAUCAUCAUCAUCAUCAUCAUUAUCAUAACUACCACCACCACCACCACCACCAUCACCACCACCACCACCACCAAGAUCACUAUUACCGUCAUCAACAACAACAACAACAUUCGUUCUCUCGUCAAAUUGAAUAUCGAGUGUUGCCUCUGCUGCAACUCAAACCAGACUUUGUUGUACCGUAUGUUCUUUGCUGGAGAUUACCUGUUCACGGGAUUCAUCAAAUCGAUCCUUUAUUUUAUCAACAACAACAACAACGACAACGACAACAGCAGCAACAGAACCAACAACAACAACAAUUAUUAUUAUUACGAGAAAGGGAAUUUCGUUACGUUCACAAUCGACAACGUUGUCGUUAUAUCGAAGGAACCAUCAGGACACAAAGGAGACGUACGAAUAAUUCGUCGUCAUUUCUUCAAGGAUAUCGACUCUCUCUUCAUUACAACGCUUUUUCCGAACGUAUUGGAAUGGAAAAAAGACUGGACCGUUUCGUAGCGAGCAAAAAUGAAGACACGAGGUACAGACAGCUAACCGUUCAGAGAGCUAAACGAGCGUACAAAGCGAAUCGUUGCGUGAGCGGGGGCGGUAGCCGCGGAAACGGCGCGACUGGUGGUACCGGAGGCGGAGGAGGAGGCGGAGGAGGAGGUGGAGGAGGCGGAGGAGGAGGUGGGGGAGGCGGAGGAGGAGGAGCGGGAAUCGACGGUGGCACGGUGCCUACUGCACCACCGACCACCGGCCAUCACCACCACUACCAUCACCACCAUCACCAUCACCAUCAUCUCACCAGCACGACAACAACUACCACCACGACGACCACCACCACCACCACCGGCGGCACCAGGCACCACAGGCACAGGCUGCCGGCGGGCAAGCAGUGCACUGAGCACCGACACCACCCGCAUCAUCACCGGCAUCACCCACACCAUCGCUCCCAUCAUCGGGGCAUGAACAUGGGCCAAAAGAUUUCAGGCGGCGUGAAGAGCGUGACGCGCGAGAGCGGAGCUGGAGCGGGCGGCGGAGUUGGUGUCGGUGGUGGCGGCGCAGUGGCGUACAAACCUGUGGUACCAAGGGAAUUGGCGCAAGAUUUGUCGAGGCCAGCCCGUCUCGAUGUCCUCCUCGAUAUGCCGCCCGCAUCGCGGGAAACUCAAGUUCAUCACAGCUGGAACGCCGACGAUCGCAGUCUCAACAUAUUUGUUAAGGACGACGACAAGCUGACGUUUCACCGGCACCCCGUAGCACAGAGUACCGAUUGCAUACGAGGGAAGGUCGGUUAUACGAAGGGUAUGCACGUGUGGGAGCUUUAUUGGAGCACGAGGCAACGUGGUACACACGCUGUGGUCGGUGUUGCGACCGCAGACGCGCCCCUUCACAGCGUUGGCUAUCAGAGUCUCGUUGGUAACAACGACCUAAGCUGGGGAUGGGAUCUUGGUAGGAAUAAACUCUAUCAUGACUCGAAGAACAAUGUCGGUGUUACGUAUCCGGCAUUACUUAAACCGGACGAGACCUUUAUCGUGCCCGAUAAAUUUCUGGUUGUACUCGAUAUGGACGAGGGCACGUUAGCUUUCGUGGUGGACGGACAGUAUCUUGGGAUCGCGUUUAGAGGUCUCAAAGGGAGGAAGCUACAUCCCAUUGUGUCAGCUGUCUGGGGACACUGCGAGAUUACGAUGAAAUAUAUCGGUGGACUUGAUCCCGAGCCAUUACCUUUGAUGGAUCUUUGUCGAAGAGUGAUCAGACAACGGAUCGGGAAGCACAGACUCGAGGAAAAGAUCAACGAAUUAAAUCUGCCACAGGCGAUAAAGACUUAUCUCCUUUAUCGUGACAGGAGGUAACCACCGUGUGGUGCAUCAAGAGAAGCGAUCAUCAGAAAGGUCGCGAAUGUCAGCAGUUUGCGACAUCGUUGCUACCACGACGCACAGAAAUGGGCCACUAUAGCCUCCUGCUACUCUCGCACACGUCAAGGAACGCACCACCAUCAACAGCAGCAACAGCAGUCUGUCCGCCAACAACAACAACAACAACAACAACAACAACAAGAACAACAACAGCAACAGCAGCAGCAGCAGCAGCAACAACAACAACAUCGUAACUACUUGAACCAACAAAACCACCAACAAGACAACGGUCUACCAUCCGUGUCUCUGUUCUUAAAACGUUUGAUGAUCAGUAGACUGAACCGUUUGAUACGACGACAAUGCGUGGACGGUCCAAGAAGACGAAUGUCUAGCGAAGGGUUAGCCUUAGGGUACCAGGGAUCAUGGUAUCAACGUUGUUCGUACGAAAAUGGAACAUCAUCGUCGUCUUCGUCGUCCGAGUCAUCGUCAACAACUACUUCGACAUAUUCGACCUCGUCUUCUUCUUCGUCUCCGUCGUCGUAUUCCUCAUAUUCCUCGUCGUAUUCGUCGUCUUCGUUACCCUCUUCCACAUUCUCGUCGCGAUAUGGAUGAUAAACGAUAUCGAUUAUGACAAAGAUAAUGAUGAAGAUAAUGAUGAAGAUGAAAAUGUAAAUGAAGAUGAUGAUAAUUAUAAUGAUAACGAUAAAAAUAGAUAUGACGUUGAUGAUGAUGAUGAUGAUGAUGAUGAUGAUGGUGAUGGUGAUGAUGAUGAUGAUGAUGAUGGUGAUGAUGAUGAUUAUGAUGAUUAUAAUGAUUAUAAUGAUAAUGAUAAUGAUGAUUUAAUCUGGACGCUAUCCCUCGAGCGCGCGCGAAAAACGUUGGAUAUUAGCCGAUUAUUUAGGUGUGAUAUUGUUGUUUUAUGUUGUCGAGAUACGAUUUUUUUCUUUUUUUUUUUUUUCCUUCUUUUUCUUUUUUUUUUUUUAAUCGUGUAGUCUUUAUUGAUUGUUAUAAUACAUACUUUUAAAACUAGACGCGCGCACGGCGGCGGCACUCUGUUUACAGAGAGAGAGAUAGAUAAAUAGAUAGAUAGAAGAUAGAUAGAUAGAGAGAGAGAGAUAGAGAGAGAGAGAGAGAGAGAGAGAGAGAGAGAGAGAGAAUCAAUUCGCGAUGCUCUUGUCUUCAUAUAUCUGCCAUAAUCCCGUCUCUACGUUGCGGCCAGCCUGUGCUUGUAAUUUAUCUCAUUUAAAUCUUGUAUUUAAAUUUAUUCCCAUGUUUUAUCUUUUGCUUUUUGUUUGUCUUUAUUUUUUUUCUUUUUUUUUCUCUUUUUCAUUUUUUUUUUUUUUUUUUUUUUUUUCGGAAAGGACGUUGACGGGGAGGGAUUCGAGAGAGGGGAGGGAAGGGAAAUUCUUACGUCGUUGUUUAAGGUUUUUUUUCUUUUUUCUUCUCUUUUUUUCUUUUUUCUUUUUUUUUUUUUUUUUUUUUUUUUUUUUUUUUCUUAAUAGGAUAAGAACGAUUAACGUUUGAAGAAUAAUGAAUAAAGAAAAAUUGUAAAAGGGUGUUAGAAAAAGUAUGAUCGAAGUUAUAUUGAAGACCACGCGUGGCCUUGGUAACACGUAUAAUAAACUUCGUAUCAAAUGAAAUAAUUACAAAUAUUUCCGGUGAUUAAUAUUAAUAAUUAUUGAUACAAUGAUAACAUAUAUCUAUAUAAAUAUAUAAAGAUAUAUAUAUAUAUAUAUAUAUAUAUAUAUAUUUAUUUAUGUAUAUAUAUAGUGAAAGAGAAAGAAUGGAUCAUUCGAAAAAUAUUCAUGAAAUAUUGUUGAUGAUCGAAGUAUACGUGUGUACCAUUUUUCAACUUAUAGAGACACGUUUUUUCAAAUCUUUUUCUAAGCGUACUAGGUCCAAUCGAAGUAUUAUCUAAUGGGUGUGGAUAAAUUAAAAGCGUAUUAUUAUCGUGGAACAAGAAAAAAAAAGAGUGGACGGGGAGGGGCUUGAAAUAAUUGCUAAGAGAAUAAAACAAACCCAUAUAUACGUAUAUAUAUAUAUACGCAUAUAUAUCCACAUAGACAUGUUAUAUAAAUGUUCAUUCUUAUUUCUUCAACGACGACGUUCGAUAAACUUCGUUGAGUGUUGGUACGAAUGAAAGACGAAGAAUAAAAAAAAAGAAAAAAAAAAAAAAUAUCGAAAUUGAUGAUGACGUGUUGAUGAUGGAAAUUCAGCGGGAGUAAACAAAUUUCGAUGAUAUCAAAUCCUUUCGUGAAUUUUCUACGAAUGGAGAAAGAAUGAACGAAGCGACGACGACGACAAAAAAAAAAAAAAAAAGAAGAAGAAAAAAAAAGGGAGAAAGAAAAAAAAGAAAAGAAAAAGAAAAUACUAAGUAAACAAUGAAAAAAGAAUAAAAGAAGAAGAGAAUAUAAAGAAGGAUGGAAGACAAACGCGUUUAAAAAAUUACCUCGACUAAAACGUGUUUUAAUCUAAACGAACAUUCUUAUACCUAAUAAUUCUAUACCUAAUUAAAUCUUAGAAAGAAAAAAGGGAAACGCGAUCGAACAUUGGUAACGAAGAUAUAAAUUGUUAAGUUCGACAAUGGGAUGAGUGUUUUAAUAAACGAAUUAAAAACAUUUUGAACAUUAGAUUGUCAUUAAAACGGAUUGUAAUAUGUUAAACUGACGAUGACUAUGAGAUGAUUAGAGAUGAUACUGAAAUGAUAACGAUGUUGAUAAUGACGAUAUCGGAGGAUCAUAUUGAUGAUAAUGAUGAUGAUGAUGAUGAUGAUGAUGAAGAUGAUAAUGAUGAUUAUCAUAAUGCUGAUAAUAAGAAAAAAAAAAAAAGUAAAAAUAAAAAUAAAAAGUAAAAAUAAAACGAUAUAACGGGCGUGUAACUAUAUAUAUAUAUAUACAUAUAUAUAUAUAUAUAUAUAUUAUACUAUUAGCAUCACAACUUACGACUGGUCCCUAGUAACUCUUUACUCUUACGUUUGUCGCUUAGGUUAAAAAGAAUAAUGGCCGUCAAUGGCGCGCUCUGUCGGUUUGUACAUAGGACAUAAUAUUAAUAAUAAUAUUAAUAAUAUUAAUAAUAAUUAUAAUAAUAAUAAUAAUAAUAAUAAUAUUAAUAAUAAUAAUAAUAAUAAUAAUAAUAAUAAUUAAUAAUUAAUAAUUAUAGCGAUUAACAAUAAUGAUAAUCGAUAAUGUCAGUCGUGUAAGAAAAAGAAUGAGAAUAAUCGUCAUGAGUGAUGAACGUAUCUAUAAAUCGAAAAUAAAGAGAAGUAGAAAAGGAAGAAAGUAAGAAAAAGAGAGAGAGAGAGAGAGAGAGAGAGAGAGAGAGAGAGAGAGGAAGAGAGAGAGGAAGAAGAACAGUAGUAAAAAGAUAUCGAGAAAAGGAUUAAAAACCGAUUGCGAGAAAUUAAUAAUCAAUCUUACAUACUCGAAAAGGAGGAGAAGAAGAAGAAAAAGAAAAAGAAAAAUAACAUUUCGCUUCCUUGAUUUUUUUCAAAUAAGACUGAGUCUCUCUCUUGCUUUUGACUCGUUCUUAAUGCGAGCAUUCAAUCUCAAAAGAAACUCCAAUUUUCUUCGUCUAUUUUAUUAAAAUUUUUUUUGUUUAUAUAUAUAUAUAUAUAUAUAUAUAUAUAUAUAUAUAUAAUAUAUGUAUAUUUUUUAAUCAACACAUAUAGCUCUAUAAAAGGUUCACAAAGGUUCACAGGCUCGUUUUAGGUGGUCGCGAUACUCCGUCUUCCAAAAUUUGUCGUUCCUUCAAUACGCACGGAUCUCCUCGCGAUCGGUUUAAUAUCCUUUAUCAUGAGAUAAAUGUAUUAAGAAAGAAAUAAAAGAAAGAAAGAAAAAAAGAAAAAAAGAAAAAGAAACGACGAGAAGAAUAAUAGAGAAAAGAGAAAAAUAUUAACAUCCUUUUUGUCAAUAUCCCAUUAUAUUUAUUGUCAGAUAUUAUUCCUGAGAUGAGAAAAACAGUCUGUUCUUCUGACCACUUUACAUCUCUUAAAUCCUGAUAUGCAUAUACGGAAGGAUUGCAUGAAAGGGGAAUGCAAGAAGGAGGAGGAGACUUUGCAAUUGUUAUUAUUAACAAUGAAAGAAAAAAAUAUUGACGAUGAAAGAAGAUAUUUGAGCGAGCGAACAACCGAGCGAACGAACGAACGAACGAACGAACGAACGAACAAACAAAUAAAUAAAUAAAUAAAUAAACAAACAAAUAAACAAACAAACAAACAAUUAAA